CGGCGAAAGAGUGCGGGAGGCGGCGGUGCCGGGAGCGCGGAGCGAGGCGGCGGCGGGAGGAGCUUUUUAAACAAUUGAUGCAGUGAUGACCAGUCAUUUCUGAGGUGGUUAGAGGAAAACAAACCAUUAGAAAGCAGUAACAGGAUAAAUAAAGUUGUGAAGUAGUCACUGAACACCAGUUUUCUUCUCGCAUGACUGAACAGUGGCAAUCUCACUGAAACUGGAAGAGGAAAUUACAAAUAUAAGGGAUGAUGGCAAAUAGAGGAGCCUCCAGACCAAAUGGCCUUGGCCAGACAAAGAUCUGCCAGUUCAAGCUUGUUCUACUGGGAGAUAUGGCAGUGGGUAAAUCAAGUUUAGUUCUGCGAUUUGUCAAAGGCCAGUUUGACGAAUUCCAAGAGACAACGAUCGGUGCUGCCUUUCUUGCUCAGUCCGUUUGUUUGGAUGACACAACGGUGAAAUUUGAGAUUUGGGAUACUGCCGGUCAGGAACGUUACCACAGUUUAGCACCAAUGUAUUACAGGGGAGCCCAAGCUGCCAUAGUGGUUUUUGAUAUCACAAAACAGGAAACAUUUGAUAGAGCAAAAGCAUGGGUAAAGGAGUUGCAGAGACAAGCCAGUCCUAACAUAGUGAUAGCGUUGGCUGGCAAUAAAGCUGAUCUGGCAGAUAAACGAAUGGUGGAGUAUGAGGAAGCACAAACAUAUGCAGAAGACUGUGGCCUUCUCUUCAUGGAGACAUCAGCAAAGACUGCCAUGAAUGUCAAUGAUAUAUUUCUAGCAAUAGCUAAGAAAAUGCCAAAAAAUGAUCCUCAAAAUCCAGCAACCGCGGCUAGAAAUCGGGGGUUAAAUCUACAAGAAACGAAUCAGCAGAGCCAACGGGGUUGCUGUGGCAAUUAAGAACAGUAUUUGGGCCUCGAAACAACAUGAACAAUUCAAAAAUGGAUAUUGGAAAUUUGGCUUCCUUUUUAUAUUAUCAGCACACAUUAUUGUGCUAAAUCCUUUUACCCUUCACUGUGGACAUCUGCAUGAGUCAUUUUGCUCACACUUGACUACAGGUCUCUGUCCUGUAGAAAGUAAACAAUGUAAAUAGCGUGACAAAUCAGUAUGUAAAGGUUAGUUACUCUUUUCCCACCUGUUUCAAUGAAGGUUUUCUUUGUAAAUUUAACUUUGCUGAGAGAAAAUACCCUCCCCCCUCCCUGUCUCCUGAUCUCCUAUCCCAGUCUUCCUUAUUAAUUUUAAUACAAUUGAUGUACAAUAAGAAUACAAAAUUAAGUUUUCUCUAAUGUUCUGCAUUAAGUCUCCUUAUUUAGCUGCAUUCUUCUCAUAUAGUUUUAGCUUGUCAUUUUGAGGCGGGGGGGGAGAUAUUUAAAAAAAAUGUAAUGCAGCUUUGUAUUAAAUCUUGUACAAGUUAGUUAUGAGAAUAUUUGAAGGGUGUGCUAAUCCUGUUUACUUGGGCUCAGUAUUAUAGAAGUUUGAGGUUUUUUUUUGGUUUUUGUAGUUUGAAAACUUGGCAAUGGUUAAUCCAUUCUAAUUUUACAGGAAAUACUGUUAAUUCAUUGAAUGAACAAAAUUAGCAUUUAGAUCAGGAUUAUUGAUAUCAUGACCCAGGCUAAGAAAGCUCUUGGAUAAAUUGUUACAGAUGCGUUAAAUAUUGUUUGUGCUGCUUUCAGUAAUAUUUUUGUUUUGCACACAUUAUGUAUCCUGAUGAUAUGGAUAUCCCCCUUCAAACAAGAAGGAAAUGGUCUGAUUGUAGGUCUGCCUUGUAUGGUUGAUUCUCAGCACAUUUUGAGUUAAUAUUCAAUAUUCUUACAUAAAAUGAAAAGAAGCGUGA